AUGGUUGUUGAGGGAGCUGAAAUGGAAGGAGAGGAAGAGAAGGUUUUGUUGAGUGUUGGGCCGGAGAAGGAGGUGGAAGAGGUUUCGGUGGAAGAAUUGAAGUUUGCUGAUGCAGCCGAUGCGAAAUCGGUGCCCGAGGCGGAUUCUUUGGUCGACCAUAUUGAUGUAGAUGUACUUACCCCUGGGGUAGUUGUUGUUGGAGGGGCUGAAGGAAAUGAAGAUGUGUUGGCUGAGCCACCGGAGGAGGUGGCUGAGCCGGAGAAAGUAGAUGUGGUUGAGCCGGAGAAGGUAGAGGUGGCCGAGCCGGAGAAAGUAGAGGUGGCCGAGCCGGAGAAGGUAGAGGUGGCGGAGCCGGAGAAAGUAGAGGUGGCCGGUCGUGGUGACGUAGAACUGACGAGCGAAGGUGAUUCUGUUGUUGACAACAUUCAGGUUGAUGUUGGGGGGUCGGGAGACAAGGGAGAUGAAAAGGUUGAGAGAGAAGAAGUCCCGCUUGAAUCAGUUGGUGGUUUUACUGAAAUGAGUUCUGGGGAAGUUGCAGUUCAGAAUACGGCUGAUGCCAUUGAGGAAAAGCCACUUCAACCCGAACAUGUUGUGGUUGCUGGUGAAAAGGGUGAAGAUUUAGGUGUAGAGGGCCAGUCCUCUGUCGAAAAUAAUGAUUCCAUUGAAAGAGGUACAGUUAUGGAUGCUGAGGACAGCCAAAAGAAACCGGAGGUGGCUUCUGAAGGUACAAAGAGUGAAAUUGAGGCAGAUAUAUUAUCUGAAACAGCAAAACCCAAAGGAAUCCAUGAAGGUGAAGAUGGGAGGAGCCACCCAGAUGACUCCAUGUCGGACGAGGACACAGAUGACAUGAUCUUCGGGAGCUCUGAUGCAGCCAGAAAGUUCAUAGAGGAGCUGGAGCAGGAAUCCCAUGCGCUUGCAAAUAGCUCACACGAGCUUGCACGUGAAAUCGAUGGCCAGAUUGUCACGGAUUCUGAGGAAGAAGAAGACGAGACGGACGAUGACGAGGGAGAUGGGAAGGAGCUGUUGGACUCUGCUGCCUUAGCGUCGCUUUUGAAGGCGGUCACUGGCAGCGAUGCAAAUGGCGGCAGUGUCACCAUCACCUCUCAGGACGGGUCAAGGCUCUUCUCGGUCGAGCGCCCGGCUGGCCUCGGGUCUUCCCUUCAGUCCCUCAGGCCUGGCCCACGGACGAAUCUGAACCGCCCUUCCCUUUUCAGCAACCUGACUCCUUCAUUCGGGGGCAGAGAAUAUGAGGAGAAUCUGAGUGAGGAGGAGAAGAAAAAGCUGGAGAAGCUGCAGCAAAUCAGGGUGAAGUUUUUGAGGCUUGUUCAUCGGCUCGGCCUCUCGCCGGAUGAGUCAGUGGCUGGGCAGGUCUUGUACAGGCUGGCUCUCCUAGGCGGGAGACAGAACACUCCGAGUUUCAGCUUGGACGAUGCAAAGAGGAUGGCCAUGAAGCUCGAGAUGGAACAAAGGGACGACUUGGACUUCUCGGUGAACAUGCUGGUUCUCGGGAAAGACGGUGUGGGGAAAAGUGCCACUAUAAAUUCCAUAUUCGGUGAGGAGAAGACCACAAUCGAUGCUUUUGAGGCCGGAACAGAUUCUGUGAAGGAGAUUUCCGGGCUUAUUGAUGGAGUCAAGGUUUGUAUUGUGGACACGCCAGGUCUCAAGCGGUCGGUGCUGGAACAGGGUCACAACCGCAGUAUUUUGUCCUCUGUAAAGAAGUUCACCAAUAAAACACCGGCCGAUGUUGUCCUUUACGUGGACCGACUGGACUCACAAUCGAGGGAUCUUAAUGAUUUGCCUCUGUUGAAAACCAUCAAUAGCGUUCUUGGCUCGUCCAUAUGGCGAAGUGCCGUAAUUGCCCUCACUCAUUCGGCCUCGGCACCCCCAGAUGGGCCGUCCGGUGCCCCCUUGAGCUACGAGGUAUUUGUUUCCCAAAGGUCCCAUGUUGUCCAACAGUCGAUCGGCCAGUCUGUGGGUGAUUUACGGAUGAUGGUCCCGAGCCUCACAAACCCUGUCUCCCUAGUUGAGAACCACCCGUCUUGCCGGAAAAAUCGUGACGGCCACAAGAUACUUCCGAACGGUCAGGUCUGGAGGCCCCAGCUGCUGCUUUUAUGCUACUCGAUGAAAAUCCUUUCCGAGGCAAAUUCAAUCUCUAAACCCCAAGACCUGUUUGACCACCGCAAGCUGUUCGGUUUUCGGGCCCGCUCCCCACCUCUCCCUUACAUGCUAUCAUCCAUGCUACAGUCCCGCUCGCACCCAAAGCUUCCAUCGGAACUCGGUGGAGAUAAUGCGGAUUCUGAUAUCGACUUGGAUGACUUCUCCGACUCGGACCACGAAGGUGGGGAAGAAGAUGAGUACGAUCAGCUCCCGCCUUUCAAGCCUCUCAGAAAGGCCCAAAUUGCAAAACUGAGCAAGGAGCAGAGGAUUGCUUAUUUUGAAGAGUACGAUUACCGUGUGAAGCUUCUGCAAAAGAAGCAGUGGAAGGAGGAGCUGAGAAGGAUGAGAGAAUUCAAGAAAAGGGGAGGCCGUGCUAACGAUUAUAACCUGGCUGCUGAUAAUGACGACGAGGCCGAUUCUGGGUCGGCUGCCCCAGUUGCAGUCCCUCUCCCCGACAUGGCUUUGCCACCCUCGUUCGACGGGGACAAUCCGGCCUAUCGAUAUCGUUUUCUCGAGCCGACCUCACAAUUCCUGGCCCGACCCGUACUCGACACGCACGGGUGGGACCACGAUUGCGGCUAUGACGGUGUUAAUGUCGAGCACAACCUAGCGAUCCUCAACCGCUUUCCCGCCACGUACACUUUCCAGAUAACCAAAGACAAAAAGGACUUCACGGUCAGCCUCGACUCGUCGAUUGCCAAGAGACUCGGCGAGAACGUCUCGACUUUGGCGGGAUUCGAUGUCCAGAGCAUGGGGAAGCAGCUGGCGUACAUCUUUCGCGGGGAGACCAAGAUCAAGAAGCUGAAGAGGAACAAGGUUACUGGUGGAGUCUCGUUUACUGUCCUGGGUGAGAAUGUGGUGCCCGCAUUUAAAAUCGAGGAUCAAAUCACGUUCGCCAAACGGCACACACUGGUGGGGAGCGCGGGAGUUGUUCGGUCGAAGCACGAAUCGGCUUAUGGGGCCAAUUUCGAGCUGCAGUCAAGAGAUGAUGAUUACCCGAUUGGGCAGGUUCGGUCGACUUUGAGCCUGUCUAUGGUCAAAUGGAGGGGUGACCUGGCGUUGGGGCUCAACGGGCUGGUGCAGUUAGGGCUUGGGAGGAAUUCGAAGGUGACGGUCAAGGCUGGGAUAAAUAACAAGAUGAGUGGGCAGGUGAGUUUAAGGACGAGCAGCACAGACCACCUCUCGCUUGCGCUGGCUGCUGUUAUCCCAACCGUGCUUUCUGUUUACAGGAAGCUUUUCUCUGCUGAGGUGGAGAAGUACUCGAUUUAUUAG